AUGUCUCAUUUGUCCGACAAGCUUAACGCGAUACGAGGUCUUGCCAUAAUCGUGUCUUUCAGCUACCAUGUUGUCGCCGUUUGCUAUGCUUCAUUCAAACCUCACUGGUCUAUCGGGGGACGCAUGCGCAAAGUCCAACUUGUGCUUUGUGGUCUCGCAGUUCUGUCAACUGGUGUGCAGACUGUCAUUGCGAUCAGUAACAGCAAUCCUGCUUCAACAAAUGAUCCCGACGUAGUGUACUCCCUCUUUCUCACAUUGAUCUGGAGCAUCCUUCUCCUAGAGACCGUGGACACGUCCAGUGGCACCUCAUAUCCUCGAUAUGGUGCUUGGGGUAUCCUCCUAGUUUCGGAGAGUGUUGUUCUAGCCCUUCAGGUGGAGGGCGAGCAUGGCUCGAAAUCUUUUCGUCACGGCAGCAUCGUCCUACAAAGUGCCAGGAUUCUCUUGGCGACCCUUCUCUGCACCAGUGUGGUUAUGGCAUAUUGCGGCAACAGAAAAGAGACUGGAACUGAUGAAGAGACGCAAGCAUUGCUCGCUGAUCCGGAUUCACCAUCGAAAUCAAAUGAAACCGACAAGCCGAAGAAGCCAGAUCAGGACGAAUUGGACAGACUCGAGAUCCGCAAUCGGCCAAAAUGGCAAUACCUUGCAUCUUUCAAGAUUUUUGUCCCUUUCAUGUAUCCUAAAGGCUACCGAAAUCAGGCACUUCUCGGUGGAAUGCUUCUAAGCAGUCUUGUGGAGCGGAUUGUUAUGGUAGUGCUUCCUUUAAGCCUGGGAGCUAUUGUCAGUGGACUGAGUUCGCAUAUACCAUGGGCGGCAAUUGGACUCUACUGUUUCCUCAGGUUCUGCAGUUCAGCUGCUGGUCUGUCACUGUUAGAGACCUAUCUCUCCUGGCAGAUUGUCACCGACAUGACCAUAGCCCUGAAUCGAUGCUCCUAUGAUCAUAUCAUGAACCUAUCUGCCGAUUUCCACGACUCGAAAAAGUCUUCAAUCAUAUGGCAGACCAUGCAUCAGGGCCAGGAUGUGAUUGACUUCUUGAAAGAUAUCAUUUUCAGCUUCAUGCCAACCAUAAUCGACUUUGGGGCGGCGGCAGUGGUUCUUACCAUCAUGUUCGGGCCAUAUAUGUUGUUCAUCAUCAUGUCAACCACCAUUUUCUUCUACUGGCUCACUUUCAAAGCGCUGGCUCAGAAUCGCGAACUCAGUCGAGUUUCACUGGAUGCGUGGCAUGACCAAUACUACCAACUGACCGAGUCCACAGUUAACUGGUACACUGUCUCCCACUUUGGUCGUCUGCCAUAUGAGAAGCAACGGUAUCGGGAUAAGGGAGAUGCCAAGCGAGCUGCAUCUUUGACUUUUUGGGUACACUAUUGUUGGAGCAGAGGACUACGAUAUUCACUUCUGGCCGUCUAUUUCGUGGCCGCGUGCUGUGUUGGCGCCCUUCAGAUCGCUUAUAGUGAUCGAAAGGUCGGCGACUUUGUAAUUUUGGUCACCUACUGGUCUCAACUCACAAACCCUCUGGAUAGUCUUGCAUACAGUCUUUCAAGGAUGGGCCAAAAGAUGGUUAAUGCUGAAAAGUUGCUGGUUCUUCUGGAGAAAUCGCCACGCGUUCAAGAUGUUCCCGAAUCGAAGCCGUUCACGUUCUUGGCUGGAGCUGUGGACUUUGAGAAUGUAUCUUUCUCUUAUGACGGCCAAAGGAAAGUGGCGGACAAUAUUACCUUCAGUGCAGCCCCUGGACAGACCGUUGCCUUGGUUGGCCGGACUGGAGGAGGGAAGAGCACUCUCCUGAAAUUGCUCUUUCGUUUCUAUGAUCCUGAUCAAGGCCGUAUUUUGGUCGAUGGUCAAGACAUCCGGCAAGUGACCAUGGAGAGUUUUCGAAAACAUAUCGCAGUCAUUCCUCAGACUCCUGUGGUGUUUAACAUGACAAUAAUGGAGAACAUGAGAUAUCCUGAUCUCGAAUGCACGGACGAAGAGAUUAUCGAGGCUUGCAAAGCAGCUGCACUUCAUGAAAAGAUCACCACCUUUACGAAUGGUUACCAAGAGCAAAUCGGUGAACGUGGAACAAAACUGUCUGGAGGAGAGUUGCAGAGAUUGGCAAUAGCUCGGGCAAUGCUGAAAAAAGCCAAUAUCCUGCUGUUGGAUGAGGCUACGAGCGCCGUGGACAGCAUCACGGAGAAACAGAUCCAAGGCAGUCUGCGUAAGCUCUGUGCAGGCAAAACCACGUUCGUGAUCGCGCAUCGCUUGUCGACUAUCCUUCACGCCGACCAAAUCCUCGUUGUCCACGAGGGACACGUGGUUGAAUCUGGAACUCACAACAGUUUGAUGAAGCAAAACGGUUCUUACAACGAAUUAUGGUCAAGUCAACUACAAUUGCAAGCUACGGAUGAUCAUGGCAAUUCUCGCUCACGUUCUCCAAGAAAGAAGGAGACUCCUUUCUUCUACAACGACCUCAGCAGCAACGGGGAAGACUCUCGGACUCUUGUUACGAAUGGCAACAAAGAUUCUAAAAAGUCAGACGAGGCAAGGCAAACGGAGGACCCUUCCAAAGCCGACGGCAAAAGUCACAAAUCUGGUAGUGAUGGCCGAGGAAGAACCAGAGCAAGGCAACUUGCCCGGGCACUGAGUCGUACGCUCAGUCGGUCGAAGUCCCCAACGGACUCUGCGAGAGCCAAGUCACCGAAGCCACCGGCCAAAAGCCCCACCAAAGAUAACGCAACCGCCGCUGAAAGUCUUUCUCCUAGUGUGCAAACGGCGACUCGGAGAUCUGACAGUAAUGAAACGGACCACUCUUUGCUCUCGACGCAUUCCAACAACCGGUCUGAGAGAUCUAACCAUUCACCGGCUUCCACAUCCAAUCAUGCUGAGACGUCUUAG